UCGGCCAUUUCGACACGACCGGCGUAGCGCGAAGUAGGAGCUGCAGCUCGGGAUUUGCCCGCUUUAGUACCGCGCCACCUUGACUGCGAAGCACAAAUGAGUGAGACGGCUAUCUCUUUCGCCAAGGAUUUCUUGGCCGGCGGUGUCGCUGCUGCCAUUUCAAAAACGGCAGUGGCCCCCAUUGAGAGAGUCAAGCUGCUUCUCCAGGUCCAACAUGCCAGCAAGCAGAUCACAGCUGAUAAGCAGUACAAGGGCAUCAUCGAUUGCGUGGUCCGCAUCCCCAAAGAGCAGGGCUUUCUAUCCUUCUGGAGAGGAAACCUGGCCAAUGUCAUUAGAUACUUCCCCACCCAGGCCCUCAACUUUGCUUUUAAGGAUAAGUACAAGAAGAUUUUCCUGGAUGGUGUCGACAAGCGUGCCCAGUUCUGGCGGUAUUUUGCCGGCAACUUGGCCUCCGGCGGUGCCGCUGGUGCCACUUCUCUCUGCUUUGUGUACCCACUCGACUUUGCCAGAACCCGUUUGGCUGCCGAUGUGGGCAAGGGUGGUCACGAGAGGGAGUUCACUGGCCUGGGCAACUGCUUAAUGAAGAUCUUCAAGUCUGAUGGCCUCAGGGGCCUGUACCAGGGUUUCAAUGUCUCUGUCCAGGGAAUUAUCAUCUACAGAGCUGCUUACUUUGGCAUCUAUGACACAGCUAAAGGUAUGCUACCAGAUCCCAGAAAUACUCACAUCAUCGUCAGCUGGAUGAUUGCCCAGACGGUGACCGCUGUUGCUGGCCUUGCAUCCUACCCCUUUGAUACCGUCCGUCGUCGUAUGAUGAUGCAGUCAGGCCGUAAAGGAGCUGACAUCAUGUACACUGGUACCAUCGACUGCUGGCGGAAAAUUGCCCGCGAUGAGGGUGGCAAGGCUUUCUUCAAGGGAGCCUGGUCCAACGUCCUCCGAGGAAUGGGUGGCGCCUUUGUGCUGGUCUUGUAUGAUGAAUUCAAGAAGUUCAUUUAAACAGUUUUUACAUGUUUAUUGUUACUGUUGUCAAACAGGGUUAACUGUAACAUAUCAUGUACAUUUGGAAGGACUGUCAAAUUCCGCCUUAUUUAUAGGGACCAACUAGUAUUCCAGUACUAGUUGUGCUGGGGGGAGUAAGUUGUGGUUUUUUUUUUUUUCCUUGUCCCUCUCUCCCAUCCCCAUUAUGUCAUUCCCACAAUCUGAUUUUGAAGCGCUACCAGUCAUCCAGCCAGUCUGUUUUUAGUUUUCAGUUUAAUAAAUGAAACCUACUGACUGAA